CGAUCGUUGCGUGAUCUCUCACGCGCGCAUUGACCGUUGCCUCGGUGGACUGUAAAUGUGAAGCGGCCGUUGUCGCGCUGGUGUCAUGUGAGCGCCCUCUCCAUCCUCCUCCUCAUCUUCUCGCUGCAGGCUGAGCGGAGUCGGAGGCUGGACGCAUCAUCCCCCUCCUGCGCGGUGGAGCUCCCCCUCGCUGUGCGCGUCGUCAUUCGGUGGACGCUGAGGCGUGCGGAGAGCGCAGGGUCACCUUCUGUCACCGCGAAGGGGAAGCGCUGAACCAUCCGGAGCAGAGGCCGGAGCUGCUGCUGCUGCUGCUGCUGCUGCGGGCGCGUCUCUGGUGAUCUCCCGCUGGGGACCGACGGUUCUCCCUGAGGUUUAUGGAAACCUGACCUCCCGUUGCUGGAGAAGUGCACAAGGAACCGCGCGCCGCCGCUGAGGAUAGGUUUCGUCUUUGGAGUGUUCUGCCACAUCCAGGAAAAUGUCUGGCUCCUACGAUGAAUGUGCAGGUGGUGACGACACCAUGGACAGCUUCUGGGAGGUGGGGCAUUACAAACGGGCUGUCAAGAGAUUCGAUGACGGCCACCGACUAUGCAACGAUCUCAUGGGCUGCCUGCAGGAGCGCGCCAAGAUAGAAAAAGCUUACGGCGACCAGCUGACCGCCUGGUCCAAGAGAUGGAGACAGCUCAUCGAGAAAGGCCCGCAGUACGGCUCGGUGGAGAGAGCCUGGCUGGCUGUGAUGACCGAAGCCGAGAAGGUGAGCGAGCUGCACCAGGACGUGAAGAACAACCUGAUGAACGAAGAUGUGGAGAAGGUGAAGAACUGGCAGAAGGAAGCGUACCACAAGCAGAUGAUCGGAGGCUUCAAGGAGGCCAAGGAGGCAGAGGAAGGAUUCAAGAAGGCUCAGAAACCCUGGGCCAAGAAACUCAAGGAGAUGGAGACGGCGAAGAAAGUGUACCACAUGGCCUGCAAGGAGGAGAAGCUUGCAGCAACCAGAGAGGCCAACGGCAAAACUGAGGCGUCUGUCACGCCGGACCAGCAGAAGAAGCUGCACGAGAAAGUGGACAAGUGCAAACAAGACGUGCAGAAGGCGAAAGAGAAGUACGAGAAGUCUCUGGAGGAGCUGAGCAAGUGCACUCCUCAGUACAUGGAGUCCAUGGAGCAGGUGUUCGACCAGUGUCAGCAGCAUGAGGUCAAGAGGUUGACCUUCCUCAAGGAGGCUCUGCUGGACAUCAAACGCCAUCUUAACCUCACUGAGAACCAAAGCUACGCCACAAUUUAUAGAGAACUUGAGCGUACGAUCUUGGGAGCCAACACGCAAGAGGACCUGAAGUGGUUCAGUAACAACCACGGCCCCGGGAUGCACAUGAACUGGCCCGCGUUCGAGGAAUACAACCCAGAAGCAGCCGCCGCUCCUCCAAAGAAGAAGAAACCAGAUGGAGCCCCACCCACUCCCAGCACCGACCACGUGGCGCCACCUGGUGACCGCAGCAGCGUGAGCAGCUAUGAGAAGAACCAAGCCUACUCCACCGAGUGGUCCGACGACGAGCAGCCCGCUGCCUACUCUGGAAAUGAAAAUGGCGGAAAUGGAAACUCAUUUGAGGACGACUCCAGCACCGGGAGAGGGGUCCGUGUGCGAGCUCUCUAUGACUAUGAAGGCCAGGAGCAGGAUGAGCUCACGUUUAAAGCUGGUGAUGAGCUGACGAAGACGGAGGACGAAGAUGAGCAAGGUUGGUGUAGAGGACGUUUGGACAACGGCCGUGAGGGACUGUACCCGGCCAAUUACGUCGAGCCAAUCUAGUCAUGUGACGGGACUCUCAAACGCCAUUGGAGGCAGCUCGAACUGUCCCAUCCAAUCGCGCCGCACAUAGCCAGGGACUCAUGAGCAACACGUCUUUUGAUGCGCCAAGCAGGCUUGCCUCCAUUCAAACUUAGUAAAAGACAGUCUAGCAGUAUUAUCCAUACUUUAUCCAGCAGUUGAGGUGGGUGGACUAACCGAUUUAAAAAGGGUCAGCAAUUAUUCAAGCGUAAUGCACACACAAGUAUAACACCAAGCCAGUGCAGGGGCACAUUGUGUCUGUGUGUAGCUGUAUUUAACGUCCGAUGCGGCUUGUACUGUGAAAAUGGGGAAGUAAUAUAACCCGUGAUACCCAUUCGACAAAGACAAGCUUCUCUAACCUGCAUUGUGUAUAUACAGUGUGAUGCCAUUUGUGUAGCAUUUUUAAUGCGUGUGUGUGGUCAGUUCUUACGUCAGGAAUGCUGUAUAGUGUUAAAAGUACCACAGGCAGUACCUUUCUUCUGUGAUUCGGUCCGACCUCCUAUCCGGUGUGUGCAGUACUAUAUGUGUUUCACUAUAUCUAAACUUGCAUAGCAGCAUGUGCUAUGCAGUGCCACUUGCAUUCCCUGAACCCUGCAGGCCAGUCAGAGGCCCUGAUGCAACACUGUCCUCUCUCAGCAUCACAUGGCUCCGCUCAUGCAUGUGCUGGUGUUCUCCUGAGACCAAGCUUGGGACGACAGGUUCCUUUUGGUUUGGCGUUUUGUUUUCCAUUCUGGUUUCAUUUGAACCCUCUUCAAGUGAAGUGGGGUCUUCACCUUGCUGUGUGAGUGGGAGGAUUUGGGACGACGUGAGGCAGCACUUGUCUUACAGGGGCCAUCGCAGGCACAAUAAUACAUAACUGUGCAACAGACCGUUGAGUGCAGCUCAACGGGACUUGAAUGUACUCUGGGCUUGGAAGGUCAAUCAUCAUGCGCUGUCUCACGAAACCCACCAGAAAAAUGGCCUGUUCCUUUGUUGCACCAAAGACCCAAUCCCAUCAUCACGUUUUCUUACAAGGAAUCCGCUUCAUAUCUGCCACCUCCUGGUCCACCCAAACUCUUGUCAACCGUUUAAGCCCAGUGUGAAAGAUACAGUGUGACCGGUGGCUGCUUUAGUAUCGUAAACAAACAGCAUUUGAUCAAAAGCCAGAUUUAGCUAUCUCACUGAAGGGGUACUCCGUUUUAAUGAAACUUUCACCGGAUCAACAAAGCUUUAUGUCAGCAACACAAGUUGAGAGGGAACACGCAUCACCAGCUCACUAGUUUUGUAUUAGGAGAGGAGAAAAAAUAGUGUCCAGCAUAGCAAAAAAAGAUUUCAAUUUCAAACUGUCCUGCACACACAAGCACACAAGACACACAGACAAUAUUGGAGGCAAACAUCAUCGAGUGUGUAUGAGUUGUGAGUUAAGUGUCAAAGAAAAAAAAAAAAGCAAGUGAAAAAGAAAAAAUGUAGUGUCAUACAUCUAAAUGUGUCUCAUUAAAACAAAGAAAACGAUAGGAUACAUAUCUUACGAAUUUCACUGCAGAGCAAAUAUCAGUGUAUUAUAAAAGCGUGACCUGCGCUGUCAGAUUUGUAUAUGAUGAUGUAAUUUAAAGAUUAUAUUCUAUUGUAACUGUACAACUGUGUUGAAAAUGAGACCUAACCAUGUUGAGGCAGUCGAGCAGUGUACAUGUAAAUGCUUUUUUUUUAUGUUGAUGAUCUCUUCCUUAUGCACACGGGGGGCAGCAGCUGAUGUUGUGGAACCCUAUAUUAGUGGUCUAGAAGAUGUAUGUUCAUAGUCAGUGAUGUACCUUUAUCUCCUAACUGGUGUAGUGCCUGUUCAUCUUGGUGUAUCAAGAACUUCAUUUAAAUAUGCAUAAAGAUGAUAAUGAUCACAGAUAAUAAUAAUGAUAGUGAUGAAAAACCGAAUCAAAUUUGUUGUGGUGGUGUCAAUAUUACGAUAUUGGUUUGAAAGGGAAACAAGUUUGCUGAGAAAAAAAAGGUGUCUGUGUGUGUUUUUUCCCCUCCUCCC